AGAAUCGCAGACUUCUGAUGUGUGUGUUUUAUACUUAGUCACUGUACCCCUGCGGCCGUGCUUCAAUGGGAAAAUAAUAAGAUGUGAAAUUUAUAUAGCGACUUUCACAACUCCAGGGUGUCUCAAAGCGUCUCGCGACCAAUUAAAACUAGUUUCGAAGUGCAGUCGCGGUUGUAGCGUUGGAAUGUGAAACAUGAGUCGCACUUUAUUUCAACUUCUGUAACGUUGGGAGGCAGGAACCCGGAUCGAGACAAAAGACAGCGGGACACAAGGAGCGGAGAGAAAGAGAAGGGGGAAAAAAAAACCAAAACACAAUCCCAAACGGCCCGCGGAGAGUGUGGGGGAAGGAGGAAUCCUCAGCACUGGGAACAUCCGUGAAUAGAAACAAAAAGCAAACAACAAAACAAAUCCACAUCAAACGCGUAUCUACCUCCCCCGCACCCCCCCCCCCCCUCCAAAUAUUCUGUGGCGAAACGACGCAAAGUUUUGAAGCGCACGUUGCAUGAUCUUUCCGACUUUGACUCUUUAUUUCAAAAGAAAAAAAAACUGCAUUGACUUGAGGACGAAUUUGAUCUGUGUCUGGAGCUGCGGGUCUCUCUGUCUGUCUGUGUGUUUCUCCAGGGAGGGAGUUUGGCUUGUUACUGUGGGAGGGGGGGUUUUGGGGAAGGGUCUGGAGAUCAAUGUGGGGAAGGUUCGGCGUUUCUUUGUGUGUGUGAGUCUGCAAGGUUGGUGCGGCUGCUGUUUGGGAGCAGUCGCUUUGGUGCUGACCCCCUCCCUACAGACAGACACACACACUCUCCGGGGGAGGGGGGUCUCUGUCUCUCCCUCUCCCUCUCCCCCUCCCUCCCGCAUGUUGCUGCUGUAGGAGCUGCUCGAGUAAAUGUGGACUGAUUCCGGGUGGGAUCCAGCUUUGAUGGAGACAAGAAACAUGAUGCCGAUUGAAGAACGGGAGCCCACCGACGAUGUUUAAUUUUAUUUUAUAUAUAAACCGUGAGGCGCGUGUGCUGAUCGUGAAUUGCGUUGCACCGUUUCCAGUUCCAGAUUUUUGAAUGGAGAAUUAUUGUGCAUCCCGGGCCCUGUUGGACGGGCUUCCAAUUCGUCUUUAAAGGGAAGAGAACACACACACACACAGAGGCUCAGACGCAAACCUCAGCAAAGUUUGUCCGUCCUGCUGAAGCCCAGUGACGAUUUACAGAAAAUGAAAUCGCCUGUCGCCGAGCUGUCAGGGGUGCUUUUAUUGUUGGUGGCCGGUGGUUGCAUUUCGGUUCCAAGUGGCUGUAAACGCUUGGAGGAACGUCCAAAAAACACCGGGAAACUCUCACCCUCCUCCCCGGCCGUCACCUUAGUCCCCGGGACGGCAGAUAAAAAAAUAGUGUGUACGAACCUCGAGUUGACGGAGCUUUUCCCACUGGGUACCCUCCCCAACAGGACAGUUACUCUGAUCUUGAGCAACAAUAAGUUAACAGAAUUGAAGAAUCGCUCAUUUAUUGGACAAUUAUACCUGGAGAGAUUAGACAUAAAGAACAAUCUUAUCAGUAAUAUAGAGCCUGGUGCCUUCUGGGGACUUUCAACACUGAAAAGAUUGGAUUUAUCUAACAACAGGAUAGGCUGUCUAAAUGGGGAAAUAUUCAGAGGCAUCUCAAAUCUUAUCCGAUUAAACCUUUCAGGAAACUUGUUUUCUACAUUAACACAAGGGACGUUUGAAAACCUUCUGUCACUGAAAUACAUAGAAUUUCAGACUGAAUAUCUCCUGUGUGAUUGCAACUUACGUUGGAUGAUUCAGUGGAUAAAGACUAAAAAUAUAACUUUACGAGAAACUAAAUGUGCCUUCCCAAAGUCUUUACAUGGUCAGCUUAUAACAAAUGUUCAUAAAGAACAUCUUUCUUGUGAUGUUCCUCUUGAACUACCAUCCUUUCAGAUGACCCCUUCCCAUCGACAGGUGGUGUUUGAGGGUGAUAGUCUCCCUUUUCAGUGUAUGGUUUCUUACAUUGACCAGGACAUGGAAGUGCUCUGGUAUCAGGAUGGAAAGCUCGUGGAAACUGAUGAAUCCCAAGGAAUCUUUGUUGAAAAAAAUGUGCUACACAAUUGUUCUUUUAUUGCAAGUACUCUAAUUAUCUCAAAUGUCCAAAUGAGUUCCACUGGAAGUUGGGAAUGCCAUGUCCAAACCAAACGUGGAAACAGAACUAAACAGGUUGAUGUAGUUGUCUUGGAAAGCUCGGCAAAAUACUGCCCGCCAGAGAUGGUGAUGAAUAACAAAGGGGAUUUCAGGUGGCCUCGUACAUUGGCUGGUAUCACUGCGUACCUGCUCUGUACCCGUUAUUCUGCUGGCACUGGCAUAUACCCUGGUGGUUCUCAGGAUGAAAAGAAGGCUUGGCGCAAAUGUGACAGAGGAGGAUUUUGGUCUGAUGACAAUUAUUCUCGCUGUCAAUAUGCCAACGAUGUUACACGUGUGCUUUACAUGUUUAACCAGAUGCCAUUAAAUCUGACAAAUGCUGUGGCAACAGCACGGCAACUUCUGGCUUACACUGUGGAAGCUGCAAAUUUUUCUGAUAAGAUGGAUGUCAUCUUUGUGGCUGAAAUGAUUGAAAAGUUUGAUAGAUUUGCAGAAAAAUACAAAGAGCUUGGGGAUGUCAUGGUGGACAUUGCUAGUAAUAUCAUGUUAGCAGAUGAACAUGUCCUUUGGCUGGCUCAAUGGGAAGCAAAGGCCUGCUCCCGAAUUGUUCAAUGUUUGCAACGCAUCGCUACUUAUAGAUUAGCAAGUGGAGCCCCAGUUUAUUCCACAUAUUCUCCAAACAUUGCAAUGGAAGCUUCUAUGGUGAAGGCUAAUGGCUUCAGUGGAAUGACUUGCACUGUAUUUCAGAAGGUAGCCAUGGCAGAUCGAACAGGAAAUGCUGACUUUACACGGCGAGAUCCUGAUGGCAAUUUGGACAAACAAUUCAGUUUUAAGUGUAGCCCUGGCAAUGUCAGCAACACUCUUUCCAGUUUUGCAAUCAAGAAUACUGUUCCAGAAGCAUCUGUUCAGUUGCCACCAUCCUUGUUUGCCCACGUUCCUGUACCAAACCAAAUGGAAGAUGGAGUUUACAAAUUGCAGCUUAUUGCUUUUCGGAAUGGCAAACUUUUUCCAAGCACAGGGAACUUUACAAAUUUGGCAGAUAAUGGAAAAAGACGAUCUGUGGCCUCUCCAGUCAUCUAUACGAAAAUAGAUGGUUACAGUUUGUAUUCACUCAGCCAACCUAUCACUGUUACACUGCGACGUAUUGCACAUGGGGUAGAUGCUGUUGCUGCGUACUGGGAUUUUAACCUUUUGAAUGGUUAUGGAGGAUGGAUAUCUGAUGGUUGCCAGAUUGUCAUGUCAGAUGAGAAUGUCACCACGAUGCAAUGUUACUCUCUGAACAACUAUGCAGUACUAAUGGAUCUGACUGGUGCUGAUUACCUUCUGCAGUUUGUUGACCUCUUGCAUCCAGUAGUUUAUGUUGCUGCAGCAGUAUUGCUCACUUGCUUGGUCAUAAUCAUGGUCAGCUACAUUUACUAUCACAGUGCAAUUCGGAUCAGCCGAAAGAGCUGGCACAUGUUGAUUAAUUUCUGCUUUCACGUUUUCCUGACAUGCGCAGUGUUUGUAGGUGGUAUCAAUCAGACUAGGAAUAUUAGCGUUUGCCAAGGGAUUGGAAUAAUUCUACACUAUUCUACCCUGGCUACUAUCCUAUGGGUUGGUGUCACAGCACGAAAUAUUUUCAAACAGUUGACAAGGAAAUCAAAGAGAUGUCAGGACCCGGAAGAACCCCCGCCUCCACCUCGGCCAAUGCUCAGGUUCUAUCUCAUUGGUGGAGGAAUUCCCAUCAUUGUAUGUGGCAUCACAGCAGCAGCCAAUAUUAAAAAUUAUGGAAGUAAAAUGAAUGCACCAUACUGUUGGAUGGCUUGGGAACCAAGUUUAGGGGCGUUUUAUGGACCUGUAGGCUUUAUCAUCUUCGUGAACUGCAUUUAUUUUUUAAGCAUAUUUGUGCAGCUUAAACAGCAUCCAGAGCGAAGAUAUGAACUGAAGGAAGCAGCAGAAGAACACCAGCGUUUGGCAAGCACAGAUCAUGGAGAGGCUCACGUUAAUGAUUCAACCUCAACAUCACAGGCAAAUUGUUCUGUUGUCUCAUCCUUGGCAUUAGAGAAUGAACAUACAUUUCAAGCUCAAUUGCUUGGUACGAGUUUGUCUUUGUUUAUGUAUAUUGCCCUGUGGGUAUCUGGUGCACUAGCAGUUUCCCAGUACUAUCCUAUGGACCUAAUUUUUAGUUGUCUGUUUGGGGCUACAGCUUUGAGCCUAGCUGCAUUUCUUAUCCUUCAUCAUUGUAUUGGCAGAGAAGAUGUACGCUUAUGUUGGAUGACAACAUGCUGUCCAGGCCGGAGUACUUACUCCAUGCAAGUUAAUGUUCAGCCUGUGGAUUCAAGUCAUGCCAGUAGAGAAACCCCAAAACUUACCAACAGUAGUGCAGAGUCCUCUUGUACAAAUAAAACUGCGUCCAGUAAUAACAAACUCUUCUCAGGAUGUAAGCUGACUAAUCUUCAUGUUGCAGCAGUACAGAACCAAAUUGCUCCUUUGGCAAGUAACAUAUCAACACAGCUUGACAACAGCCUCACUGAACAUUCAAUGGACAACGAUCUGAAAAUGCAUGUGGCUCCUGUUGAAGUGCCAUACCGCUCAAAUGGACAAGUUAGCAGGCAUCAUAAAAACCGGACUAGGGCACAUCAAGCACAUCGACACAGCAGACUGACUGUGCUAAGAGAGUAUGCAUAUGAUGUGCCGACAAGCGUGGAAGGAAGCGUGCACAAUAACCAGCCGAGGAGUAGGCACAGUAACCAUGAGAGUCAUCAUGGGAGUAGAAGGUCUCGAUCUGCUCUUAGAGAACGGCAUCAAAGCCACAGCCAACCUGACAGUAGUGAUGUCAGUUAUACACUGACUCAAUGCAAUCAAAAUGUAGUAAAAGAUGGAGUAAGUAGCAGUAAGGACAGUCUGCAACAGCCCACAGUGGUUGAACUUGAGAACCACAAAUCUUAUGGCCUUAAUUUGGCAAGUCAAAAUGGACUGCUGAAAGGCAGUGGCCUAGAUGUUCCUUUGCUAAAUGCAGACAGCACAGGAAACAUUCGAACUGGAUUUUGGAGAAAUGAAACUACUGUGUAGUUUGCAAAAAAAAACUCUUUUCCAAAAAAAAACUGUGACAUGCAUUCCUUUUAAGCUAAAUUUAUUGUACAAAAUGUUUACAAAAUUGUUCUACAUUGUGUAAAAAAAGGUACAAUCUACUAUCUGGUAUGUGAAGAUUUAAUUUUCUUGUUUCUUGUUUUAUACCUUUUUAAAGGACGCAAAUUUCCCAAACAUUGUGUGAAAACAUAAAGAGAGCAAUUCCACCAUUUCUAUAUUGGUAGCGUUUAGACAUGUUUUUUUGCACAGUACUGGAUGUUCUUAAACCUAUCCAUACAAUUGCAUGAAAAAUGGAGCUCCGUAUUGGAUCAUAUCUAUGCCUGGAAUUGUAAUUUUUUACAUAAUAAAAGGUUUGCCUUGUGA